AUGAGGCAGAUACUCAAGGAAGAGCCUGUACCACGUGCUUGGCCACAACCUGCGCUCGCCGAUAACGGAACGGUCGGCGUAGGCAGAGCUCAUUUUGAGAAGCAACCACCGAGCAAUUUGAGGAAGAGUAAUUUCUUCCACUUUGUGAUCGCACUUUAUGAUCGGCAUGGUCAGCCGAUCGAGAUAGAAAGGACCUCCUUUAUGGGCUUCGUCGAAAAAGAUCAGGAGUCCGAAGGCCAGAAAACGAAUAAUGGAAUCCAAUACAGCUUACAUCUGCUUUACUCUAAUGGUGUCAGACAAGUGCAAGAUAUUUAUGUUAGGCUUAUUGACUCUGCGACGAAACAGGCAAUCAUGUACGAGGGACAAGAUAAGAAUCCUGAGAUGUGCAGAGUUCUUUUGACACACGAGGUGAUGUGUAGUCGGUGUUGCGAUAAGAAAAGUUGCGGGAACAGAAACGAAACGCCAAGCGAUCCUGUGAUCAUCGACCGAUUCUUCCUUAAGUUCUUUCUCAAGUGCAACCAGAACUGCCUCAAGAAUGCCGGCAACCCACGCGAUAUGAGGCGCUUUCAGGUGGUCAUUUCCACGCAAGUAGGAGUAGAGGGGCCACUGCUGGCAGUCUCGGACAACAUGUUCGUUCACAACAACAGCAAACACGGGCGCAGAGCGAAGCGAUUGGAUCCCAGUGAUCCUGGUGAAUACAAUAGUCUCUACACGCCUGUACCCCUUCAAACACCGUGCAUUAAAGCGAUAUCGCCAAACGAGGGGUGGACGUCUGGAGGAUCUACAGUGAUAAUUAUAGGUGAAAAUUUCUUCGAUGGGCUUCAAGUAGUUUUUGGAUCGAUGUUGGUUUGGAGCGAGUUAAUUACACCAAACGCAAUCAGGGUCCAAACUCCGCCGAGGCAGAUACCAGGCGUCGUCGAAGUCACACUAUCGUAUAAAACUAAGCAAUUUUGUAAAGGGGCGCCUGGAAGAUUCGUUUAUGUCUCAUUAAACGAACCAACAAUUGACUACGGUUUCCAAAGGUUACAAAAACUUAUUCCACGACACCCUGGUGACCCCGAAAAAUUACCGAAAGAAAUUAUACUGAAAAGGGCGGCGGAUCUUGCGGAAGCUUUGUAUAGUAUGCCAAGAAGCGGAAACGCGGGAAUCACAGGUGCUCCUAGGAGUCCUGGAUCUGGUCAUCCACCUGCACCGCCUACUUCUAGUUCGGCGACAGCGUUCAACUCGUAUACUGGGCAGCUGGCAGUGACGGUACAGGAAAAUGGUAGUGCGGCGAAAUGGACGGACGACGGUAAUUCCGUGACGACAGGAGCCAAUGCUGGAGGCGGAGGCGGCGGUGGUGGCGGUGGUAGCGUCGGAGGAAGCGUCGGUGGCAACGUCGACGCCUAUAGGCAAAGCAGUAGCGCGAGUCCACGUGGGGUUGUAACCGGUGGCGGUUAUUGCGGAAGUUCAGCAAGCACACCCCACAGUCACAGCACCAAUGGGAGUUACUCUGUCGCGAAUCCGUACGCCAGUAGUCCAACCCUUUACACGUCGCCGCACGAACAGUAUGGCAUUUUCUAUACGUCCGGGGACGGGAGUGCGUUCGCCCCCGUAGUACGACCACCGACUACCUCAGUCCCACCGCACUGGUCCACACAGCACCACCUCGCCACAGCCGCCCAGUAA